GACCCGGUAUUCUCCAUUCCUUCACUUCCAUACUUAGAAAAAAUACAUGCAACCCUUUCUUCUUCCUUUAGCUUCUUUCUACCAUUAAUGGAGUUUUGGGAAGAAAACUAUAGACCUCAAGAUAAGAAAAGCUAGAAGUAGAUAGUGACGUCCGUUCGUUGAACGUACGUGAGGUGUUAAGAUCAUUGUGUUCCCCUACGAACUCUAAGGAGGAAAAUGUGUUCAGAAUCAUGUUUGAAGCAAAACAGGAGAAAAAUGGGCGCAGGUACGACAUGCAGCCGCCUACCAGGCCGCCUACCGAAUUCAAACAAACAGCGAAAUGGGCUCCAACGGAAAAGGUAGGCACAGGCGGCGAGUUUAGGCUCUGGCGGGCUAGCAGGAGCCCGCUUGCUUGCCCGCUUGUCGACAUUCCCAAUGUUCGCGAUUCCAAAAUGGCGGCGGCGGGCUGACACGCAGCUGCUUGUCUUCCCGCCUUCGGUUCUUCUUCCCCUAUAAAAACAUGGCACGACAACCUUUCCUCACGAAGCCAUCUCCAUUCCGUUUUUCCAUUUUUAGAGGUGGAAAUUUCCUUUUAUUCACUUCCAAAUAUUAUAUUAAAUUUGUGUUAUCUAA